UGGCAACUGCAGCAGCUAGCAGCUAGCAGCUACAAGCCAGCAGUAAGCUGCUGCCGCUGCUGCGUUGUCCGUGAAAUUAAUGUAGUGAGACAAGGGGAUCGAAGAAACCCUCUCUCUCUCUCUCUCUGUUUAUUAUUAGGGUUUUAGAGAAUUUGGAGGGAGGGAGCUGGAGGGAAUGCGAUGUGUGAUGGGCUAAACAUUCCAAAGGGAUCAUUGACGCAUUUAAUGUAACUUCGCCCCCCUCGUCCGCUACACACUUAGAAACUAAGCCCCCAACUUGGGUCAGAGGGACCUAGCUCCUUGCCUCCUCCCCCCUCCCACCCACUCAUUCACUACUCUCUAUUAACUCUCUCUCUCUCUCUCGCUCUCUCACUCACUGACUCACUCAUAAAUCCACCUUUCUCCAAGAAACCGCUUUUCGAUUCCUACCCACCCAAACACUUACUAACUCUAUAUAUUAAUUCAAAAUCCACCAUACAAUAUAUAUAUAUAUAUAUAUAUGCACUAUUCUGUAUCCGUACUCCCACUCCCCCGCCAUCAUCACCAUACUUCUCUCCUUCUGCACCCUCUCUCUCUCUCUCUCUCUCUCUCUCUCUCUCUCGCUCUGAUCUGAGAAUUGAGCAUCAUUUUCUCUUCUUUCCUACUGUUCCCAUUUGCCUUAAGUUCAAUAAAUCAAUCUUGGUAUAUACAAAAAGUUGAAAUUCUUCAGGCUGAGAUCGAUCUAGCUAGAGCAAGUCUGGCCUGAAAUGUCAACAAUGGACACCCCCUCAGACCGUGUUUGUUAUGUCCACUGCAAUCUCUGCAACACCAUUCUAGCGGUUAAUGUUCCUUGCAAUAGUUUGUUCACCAUUGUUACAGUGAGAUGUGGCCAUUGUGCCAAUUUGUUGGCUGUUAAUAUGGGAGCUUUGUUUCAAACUACACUUCCUCUUCAUCAAGAUCUUCAGAAGCAAGUUGAGGUGAAUUCUGAAGAUAUAUUAACUAAGGAUGGUGGAUCAUCUUCCAAAUGCAACAAGUUCUCUCCAUAUGAUUAUCAGUCUGCCCAUCAGAAUGUUAUUGAGCAACCCAGAAUGCCUCCCAUACGCCCACCAGAGAAGAGACAACGCAUUCCUUCCGCAUACAACCGGUUUAUUAAGGAGGAAAUCCAAAGGAUAAAGGCCAGUAAUCCUGAAAUUAGCCACAGGGAAGCAUUUAGCACAGCAGCAAAGAAUUGGGCGCAUUUCCCUCACAUUCAGUUUGGGCUAAAACUUGAAGGCAACAAGCAGUCAAAGUUGAACGAGGCAUUUGAAGGAGAUCAAGGGGCUCCAAAGUCUCAUGGAUUCUACUAGCAGCUACCUAUUUAAAAAUGUAUGCUAGCUACUAUAUAGAUACCAUAUAUGCAUUAUGUAUUUAUUUAUCAUCGUCAUGAGCAGUACUGCUUCAAACUUAUUGCCUAUAUAUAUAUAAAGAGAGAGAGAAAACUACGUAUUGAGAUUGGUGGAAAUCUCUCCUAAUCAAACUGUAUGACCUUCAAAUCUCCAAAAUCUUACUAUAUGUGAAGGAGCUGGUAUUCUUUACAUGUAAUUUGGGUUGAAUACCAUGUAAUAAAGUAAAGGGUACCAUUGAAUAAUCUGCAUUUUUCCAUCAACUGCAUCUUCAAAUCUCCAAAACCUUACUAUAUGUGAAGGAACUAGUAUUCUUUGCAUGUAAUAUGUGUUGAAUACCAUGUAAUAAAGUAAAGAGUACCAUUGAAUAA